AUCAGCACUCAGACGGAGGCGGUGAAGCCCCACUCUCCUGCCGCUCCAAAGAUCCUGAAGAACAAAGCUCUGCUCUGCAGACCGCUGGUGCAGAACAAAGGAGUUUCCUGCAAAACGCAGACUGUCGAUGGGGAAGCCCAGACAGAUGACAACUUUCCAAAGAUCCUGGUUCUGCCGGUCCCUGUGCCCGUCUACCUGCCUGUCCCCAUGAACAUGUACAGCCAGUACACUCCAGAACCCAUGGGCCUGCCCGUACCUCUGCCGGUGCCGAUGUUCCUGCCCGUGACGAUGAACAGCGCCGAGCGCAUCGUGGAAACCAUCCAGGAGAUCAAGCAAAAGAUCCCGUCGGACCCGUACGAGGCCGAGCUCAUCCUCAUGGCCGAGAUGGUAGCCGAAGACGACGACGACAAACAGGAAGCCCCGGAAGAAAAAACAGCUGGAGACGAGCCGGAGAGGCAGGAGGCUGCUGUACCUGAAGACCACAUCAGCACGCUCAGUGACGACCUGGACACGGACGACUUGGACAGUUUCCUGAACAACUGGGAGGACCCGUCCUCCGACAGUCUGAAGCUGUCCGCCCGACCGGACGCCUCCGAGAAGCUCGGCGCCGUGGACAGUCCUGUGAGCGAGCCGUACUGCGAGCCGCCGCCGCCCGUCAUGGACAUCGAAAACGACUUCACCGUGGAAACUCUGGAGAGGAUGGCCCGGCUCAGAGAGAACUGCAACAGGUCUCCGAAUCCCACCCCGGUUCAACGGAAACAGGCUCCCAGGAAGGCCCGAGAGAAGCAG